AACAAUAUCUUGCAUACUUCAUGGGUCUUGUUGCAAGUAAAUACUAUGCAGUCUUUGGCGACAGAAACUUUGACGGUUUCAUGAUGCACACCCUGAAGACCUGCGCUUUGAUAUUGGCCAUUUCAUCUGUGAUUAGCGUAAAGAUGUACAUCAACAGCGUAUUAUACAUCACCUGGAGACAACUGCUUGAUAGAGCUCUGCAUCGCCUCUACUUCUCAGGGAUCAACUACUACACUCUCAAUGUUCUUGAUUCUAAUGUUGAUAACCCAGACCAGCGCAUGACCCAGGACGUUGACAAAUUGUGUUCGUCGCUGGCAACAAUAACAACCAAGGUUAUAAUCGCACCAUUUCAGAUUGGCUAUUACACUUACAAAACCUAUGUAGGAACAGGAUGGCUCGGCCCAGUCAGCAUCUACGCCUUCUUUUUUGUCGGCACCAUAGUCAACCGCAUUGUCAUGUCUCCAAUUGUGAAGUUUGUCAUGAAGCAAGAGAAAUGUGAGGGAGAUUUCAGAUUCAAGCACAUGCAAGUACGCAUAAAUUCAGAAUCGAUAGCCUUCCACGUCUCAGGGCCAGUAGAAUCUUGCAAGACAAACAGAGCUUUGGAUAUCUUGGUGCAAGCGCAGCAGAGGCUCUUCAACAGACAGAUUAUUUUGAAUUUUACAAGAUAUAUGUUUGACUACUUUGGUUCCAUCAUAUCCUAUCUGGCCAUUUCAAUCCCCAUUUUUAGUGGGAAAUUUGGUGAAGAUGAAGAUAUUUCAUCCGUCAUCAGUGCCUAUGCCUUCGUCUCAAUGUACCUGGUGUUCAGCCUGACCUCGCUCGUGGACUUGGGCAGUCAAGUAGUGGUAUUAUCAGGCGUGACACAUCGCGUUGCUCAGUUGGUCGAGAGGCUGCUCAAACUCCAGCAUGAGUGGGAUAUUAAUACACUGCAGGCCUCAUCUUCCUUUACGAACAUUACGCAGAAUCUCCGAAAGCGAUCUGGGUCGAGGGAAAGCACCGCGUCGUCUAGCGACUCAAGACGCCUUAUCGAGGACUCUCCUGAAAAUGAAGUUGAGGUUUGUGGGGAAGAUCAGACAGCCUUAGACAUUGCCUUCAUUCUCAGGGAUGUCACUAUUUCAGCCCCAGGAUCAAAUAAGAUAUUGGUUUCAGAUUUGCAGCUGGUCAUCAAGAAAGGUGAAAGUCUGCUGAUCAUGGGACCAAGUUCUGCUGGAAAGUCAAGUAUCCUGAGGGUAUUGCGCGGAUUGUGGCCGGCUGCUCGAGGUACUGUGGCUCACGACUUCCCACCAGGACCCAAGUGUGUGAUUUUUCUUCCACAGAAACCUCUUAUGACUAACGGCUCUUUAUUGGAACAGAUCAUCUAUCCUCUGCGCCUAGACCCCAAUAGUCCCGUUAGUUCAGAGACGUGUGAGGAGAUCAAGAGUCGUUUAGAUGCGCUCCACAUGAGUGAGUUGGUUGCCAGGUGUGGAGGUCUCCAAACGGAUCCCGAUUGGAAUUGGAAUGAUGCCUUGUCACCAGGAGAGAUGCAGCGGGUGUGUUUCUUGCGUAUUCUUUACCACAAGCCACAGUUUGCUUUGCUGGAUGAGGCAACAAGUGCUCUGAGCCUCGAUGUCGAAGAGCAGCUCUAUCAAGCCUGCCUGGACCAGAACAUCACGAUUGUUAGCGUUGCACAUCGAGAGUCUCUCAUUAAGUAUCAUGAUCAUUUACUCACUCUUGACGGGAAAGGAGGAUGGAAGAAGGAGCCAGUGAGUUAGGAAAGAAGCCUGGAGCUUUUGAAUUUUAGUCCAGGAUUGCUGUUCUUUCUUUCAUUCUUCCUCUGUCUAUAUUUUUUAACAAUGUGUGUGUGUAAGAGUUGAUAUCCAUGAUUCCUUUAUUUGGGACUAAAUUUAAUUUCUAAUCUUUUAACCACUGCAAAGGAAUUGUUAUAUACUUUUCACUUGCAAAUUGAGAAAUUACAUUCCUAAAACUAGCAAUAUCAGUGUACAGGAAAUAAGAGAAAAGAUAACUUUGAAUUUAUAUAAUUACAUGAUAAGAUUAUAAAAUAUCUUCCACAUAUACGAAUUGGGUAUUUUAUGCAAGUUUUGAAAAGGGGACUAGAUUAUAGAAUGUAUGAAAGAGUUUACUUUUAUUAGGGAAAAUUGCUACUAUUGUUGGUGAGUAGUUAGGUGGGAAUCUAUGCUGUAAAUACUAAUUUUUUUUAGCUGAAAGAAGGGUGCAAAUCAUAGGUCAGAUUGUGUAUGUGCUUCUGUUCAGAGCACUUAUCCAGUUUAUAAUGUUUCGUAGGACUAUAAUUAUUUUUAAGAAUGUGCUUUUAGAGCAAAUAUGUUUGAAGAACUUUUCUUAUUAUCUUUACUACAACAAAGAUGUGUGUAUAUAUUUUUCUGUAGUUUAGUGCCUUCUAAAAGUAAAAAUCCUCAGUAUAUUUUAGAUACUAAUUUUAUAAAGUAGUGAUACUAAGUUGUUAAUAUAAUCACAAAGUGUAUGUCAUGUCUGAGUUCUGUUUAUACAAUAUUGCUGCUUUGUGAAGUUAAAAGUAUUCAAGUGCUUA